GGAUGGGUCCCUCAAAUUUGAGGUGGGGAAGUCCCCAAAUUUGUCCAUGGAUGUGCUCCCCACUCCAAGGUGUUUCCCACCCCCUUCUCCCCACAGGACCAUCAUCGGCACCCCUGGGACUAUGGGAGGGUCCCCUCAGUGGGAUUGGUCCCCCCAAAUUCGGGGUAGGGGGUCCCAAAAUUUGUCCCUGGAUCUGAGGGGCUUCUCCCAACCUUCUUCUCCCCACAGGACCCCCCCAUUCCCACGAUGCUGCCCUGGAGCUCCCGGGCUCUGCUGCUCCUCUGCGCCGGGAUUUUGGGGGGGCUGGGCCUCGCUGCCCCCUCAGAGGAGGAGGAGCUGGGGGAGACCUGGAUGAGGCUGGCGCUGGAUGAGACCCCCGUGGUCCAGCUCCUGGAGGACGUCGCCCACCGGAUGGGGAAUGGGAGCAGCCGGGGGGCUGCAGAGCUCGGGGAAGGACACCGGGUUUUCCCAUCCCACCUCCCUCAGGAGCAGGAAAGACCUCGCGAUGUUUAUCCCCGACGAGAGAGUGCCCUGGUCCUUCGGGAGGUGAUGGAGAAGCUGCAGAAGCUCAACCAGAGCCUGGAGCUGAUGUUGGAGGCCUUGGAGGACACACAGAGCCAGCUGGAAAACCACCUGGAGCGCCUCAAGGCCGUUCCCAGCCCGGAUGGUCAGAGCCCAAGUGCCACCUCCACCUUCAUCCCACCCGGCUCCUACUCAGUGCUGCUGGUUCUUCUCCUGGUGCUGGCGCUGCUCUGGCUGAUCCUCCUCCUCCUCCGCCUUUUCCUGGCUUCCAGCGCCCUCGGAAUCCCGGAGCUCUCCGCUCUCCUGGCCCUUGCUGUGGCAGGACAGCAGCUGGUGGCAUCCAGAGGGAUCCGACCGGCAGUUUCCCGGGAAAAAAUCCCUCACCGGCUCACCUCCACCCCGGAGAGAUAG